AGGACAAGGCAGGGGCUGGCUGGGAGUUGUUGGGGUUAGGGACCCGGGGAGGGGUGGGAAGGUAGGGGUGUGGGGAGGAGCCCUGAUGUAAGAAUGUUAAUGAGAGGCUCCCCAGCCCAGCCCCCACCACUCCCCACCCCCACCCACCCCACCCGCUGGAAAUACAAACCCAGCCUCGGAGCGCCUUGUGUGGUAACACGCUCCGCGGCUGCCACGCUAUUUAAACGCGGGCUAUGGAUCCAGGAACCGGCGCGAAUCAAUGAGAUCAAACGCGGGGGAGAUGCACCGUCAAUUACAAGCACUUGGACAAGUCUAACUUUUUUUUUUCUUUUACAAAUACGCUUUCAAAAGCAAUCUUAGCAACGUCCAAAUAAGAAGCCACCUCUAAGCAAAAUAGUAUAUAUAAAGGGAGGGCGAAUAUAUAUAUAUAUAUACACAUAUAUAUGUAUAUAUAUAUUUAAGUGUAUAUAUAUAUAUAUAUAUAUAUAAAUCUAUUGUAGGCGUACAGGUUUACACGCGGUGAACUUUUUCUUUUCUUUCUCUCUUUUUUAAACGAGUGACACUGCAAAGAAGGACUCUUCCUCUGUCUUCUGGUGAAGGGGUAUUCUAUUUUCUUAGAGCGCCCAAGGGGGCGCAGGGACCUCGGAGAGAAGAGUGGGGAGGAAAGAGGAAGGGUGGGUGGGGGGCAGAGGGCGAGUCAGCAGCGAGGGCAGGCUCUUUCCUGCGGCACCAUGCCGUCCCUGCUGGUGCUCACUUUCUCCGCGUGCGUCUUGCUUGUCUGGGUGUUGUUGAUCGGCAGCACCAGUGGCAGUGGCGGCGGGGGCGCCAGCCUCGGCGGAGGGCGCCGGGAGAGAGAGGCCCUGCAGCCGCAGAAGAUCGAGGUGCUGGUGCUGUUGCCCCAGGACGACUCGUACCUGUUCUCCCUGGCCCGGGUGCGGCCGGCCAUCGAAUACGCGCUCCGCAGCGUGCAGGGCAACGGGACCGAGCGGCGGCUUCUGCCACCCGGAACUCGCUUCCAGGUGGCCUACGAAGACUCAGAUUGCGGCAACCGGGCACUUUUCAGCCUGGUGGACCGCGUGGCGGAGGCACGCGGCGCCAAGCCCGAUCUCAUCCUGGGGCCGGUGUGCGAGUACGCAGCAGCGCCGGUGGCCCGACUUGCGUCGCACUGGGACCUGCCGAUGUUGUCGGCAGGGGCACUGGCCGCGGGCUUCCAGCACAAGGACACCGAGUACUCGCACCUAACGCGUGUGGCACCCGCAUACGCUAAGAUGGGUGAGAUGAUGCUCGCCCUAUUCCGCCACCACCAGUGGAGCCGCGCCGCACUUGUCUAUAGCGAUGACAAGCUGGAGCGGAACUGCUACUUCACCCUCGAAGGGGUCCACGAGGUCUUCCAGGAGGAGGGCUUGCACACGUCCGCCUACAGUUUCGAUGAGACCAAAGACUUGGACCUGGACGACAUAGUGCGCUACAUCCAGGCCAGUGAGCGAGUGGUGAUCAUGUGUGCAAGCAGCGACACUAUCCGGGGCAUCAUGCUGGCAGCGCACAAGCACGGGAUGACCAGUGGAGACUACGCCUUCUUCAACAUCGAACUCUUCAACAGCUCUUCCUACGGAGAUGGCUCGUGGAAGAGAGGAGACAAACAUGACUUUGAAGCAAAGCAAGCAUACUCAUCCCUCCAAACAAUCACUCUACUGAGGACAGUGAAGCCUGAAUUUGAGAAGUUUUCCAUGGAGGUGAAAAGUUCUGUUGAGAAACAAGGACUCAAUGAGGAAGAUUAUGUUAACAUGUUUGUUGAAGGAUUCCAUGACGCCAUCCUCCUCUAUGUUCUGGCUUUACAUGAAGUACUCAGAGCUGGUUACAGCAAGAAGGAUGGAGGGAAAAUUAUCCAGCAGACUUGGAACAGAACAUUUGAAGGUAUUGCUGGCCAGGUGUCCAUAGAUGCCAACGGAGACCGGUACGGGGAUUUCUCCGUGAUCGCUAUGACAGACCCGGAAGCAGGCACCCAGGAGGUCAUUGGUGAUUACUUUGGAAAAGAAGGUCGUUUUGAAAUGCGGCCGAAUGUCAAAUAUCCUUGGGGACCUUUAAAACUGAGAAUAGAUGAGACCAGAAUUGUGGAGCAUACAAACAGCUCUCCUUGCAAAUCAUCAGGUGGCCUAGAAGAAUCGGCAGUGACAGGAAUUGUUGUGGGGGCCUUACUAGGAGCUGGCUUGUUAAUGGCCUUCUACUUUUUCAGGAAGAAAUACAGAAUAACCAUUGAGAGGCGAAGCCAGCAAGAAGAAAGUAACGCUGGAAAACAUCGAGAGUUACGGGAAGACUCCAUCAGAUCGCAUUUUUCAGUGGCUUAAAAGAAAGCCUUUUCUUUCGGCCCGAGAUUCUUUAAGGAGAUAGAUGGGAUGAAAGACAUCAAUGGAACAGAAGGGACACUCUUUAAGAACUCAUUCUUUUAAGCAGUUAGUCAUUUCGUUGUAAAAUUUCUUUAGAAGCUCAGGAACUAUUUUGAGUCACCAUAUGCCUCCCGGGCUUUCACCUCAUGACAAACAAGUAUGAGAAUACAACAUCGCUCUGUUAAAUGUUCCUACUGAUUCAAGGGCAUAUGAUUAGAUUUAUGUUUGGAAAUCUGAUGUCUCCAUAUUUUGAUGGUUUUGGGGGCAUUUCAUAUAAGGCUACAAAAAUGUGGUUUUCUGAAAUGAAAUGUUUUAUAGCUAGAAUAAAAUCAUUUUUACGAGUAGAAUAUUCUUGGAAAGAAUUUAACAUCCAAAAAGAGGAAAAUGUAAUGAAAAAUCCCAAUGUUGGAAAUACAGUGUCCCUUUUUCUAGUGCAAGUGGACAGAUUUGAAGUUAAGGACUGCUCUGUCCAAUGUAUAUAUUCAGGUCCUGACUUCAUAUCUCCAAAAAGGAUUUCUGGCCUGUCUCCUUUAAUGUCUCAUAAAAGCUAUUCUGGAAAGUUGUAACUAUUACUAAGAUAAGAGGAUUUAUAUAAGAAAAACAAAUCUAAAAUAUUUCACUUUUUAAUGUAAAAAAAAAAAGCCCUAUUUCACACUAACAUUUUAUUUUUAGGUAUUUUAAUCUUAUAUUUUGCUAUUAGAAAAUGUGUCUAUUUUUUCAUUUUGAAGAUUAAAUUCCACUUAUAUUUUAAAAGCAUGGGUAAAGUGUGCAACAAACCAGCAAUGAUGAAAGAGGCUUCCUCUUUUUCUCCCUGUUUCCCUAUCCCCUUGGCCACAGCCAAAUGCCAAUUGCUGCUUUAAUUACAGAGAUCUAGGCAUGUAUUCAGAUCACAGACUCUAUUGGAGGACAUUGAUUUACCUGCUUUAAGUGCAAAGUUAUUUUAGGGAUAGACCUCUUCUGGUCAAAUGAUGAGUUUCCAGGUAAAGGGUGGAGUUUAUUGGAAUUAACUAGGUUUUAAGGCAGCCCUUUUUCCCUUAAGAACAACUUUAUAGAGUACUAACAUUUGACAGUAAGCACAGAAAGGAUAACUCUAAAAAUGCAUAUAUGACAUUUUACUAAGAUUCAGUGAUAUUUUGGUUAAAAGAAGGAAUCUAAGUAGCUACUCUGCUCCUUUUUAGUGGACUCCACAAAGCUUUAGCGUCAUCCACUAAUAACCUGCGUAAUAGCAGGUGAAGUGUAGAUAGAAGAUAUUUGAACAAAGUGAAAUAAGUAUUUACUGAAUAUCUACCUGCACUCACUACUCUGCACGUAGGUGUAAACUCAGGUUGCCAUUUUUGCUGAUAAUUUAUGGAGAAAAUAGUGAGAGAAGAAGAGAGAGUUGGCAGAUUAACAUACCAUGUUGUAAUUAUGUCACUAGGGGCUUUCCUCAGUAACAGUUUGAACAUCUGAAAAAUAGUUUUUAAAAUGACCUUAGUGGCUAUAAAAGAUCACGUACAGGGAAGAAAAUAGGGGAGUUCAAGCAAGUCCUUGGUCGUGAUGGAGGUCGUAGUUCACAUGGGUGGGGGUGGAGGCAGGCAGAGGGAAAGCUGUGUAUCUUGGAAGCUGGCCUGAGCUUGCUUCCCUGGAAGCGUCUGCCUCUGCCCUUCCUACUUCAACCAGCCAAUGGGUUAUUUCCGUGAAUGGAUUAUUUCUGUGUGAGGCAUAUUUCCCCUCUACAUUUAAAAAAUGAGAUUCAGGCAGCUGGAGAGCAUGACAACUGAAUGAGCUAUGAUCAGCCAAAAUGACUUUGUUGUAGUUCUCCAUGGUGGAUGCAAUGGAAAAAGUGCUGACUUCCAAAAAAGAUGGCGAAAGAAGGCAAGAAAGGCAAGCUCCAGAAAUUCCAAUGUCGGAAGAGUGUUUGGGGAGUAAAAUCUAGGAAAGCAAAACAUUUAACAACUCAGGACUCCUCAAAGUGAAAACAGAAUGGAAGAUUUGCAUCCAUCUUUUUCUUUGUGUGAAUUGAGAACUUAGUUCUCUCUCAUUUUUAUUUAUCAAUGAUGUUUUCAAUAUAUUUUUGAGCUAUUCACUUUA